AUGAAACGUCGCUUGCCCACCUGUCCUUAUCCUAUGGGGGGUUACCUCCCACCUCUUAAGAGACUGACAAGUCCGGAUGGUAUUCAACCCAGAAUAUCGGCCAUGCCACCUACCGCAAGAAAAUCGAGUCCGGAGCAACAGCGGGCACUGCUCGAAAAGUACAAUAUCUCAAUCGAAGGUCCCGUCCGGCCGCGCGACUGGCCUGAGAAGUACAGCUCAAUUUUCGCUUUAGUGAGGGAUGCCGAAAAAGUUUGCUAUGAAGUCUACUACAGAACAGAUGUGAGAAACGACAUCGCAAGGCUUCUGCAAGUGGCCCAGAUGAGCAAUCGAGUGGAGGAACUUGUCAGCCGAGCGUAUAACUUACGCAUGACCUCUGCCAAUGAGGAGACCUGGCGGAUGGAGACUGAAGAGUUGAUCCUGCAACGGUUCAAAGCUGAAGUCGACUGCCAUAUGUGCAAUAAACGUCGCUGGCUCUCAGAUAUACAGGCCCUUCCAUCUUGCCCAAUAGCAACAGAAAAGCUGAAACGGAUACAAUCAACAAGAAGUCUCUGCCGUUGUGAAGAGCCCGUGAGAGCAAAAUGGCUGGCCGGGUCAACGCCGCAGCAGUCAUUCAUGGCACACGCGGGCUGCACUGUCGUUGACAAUUCAAUGCUUGAAAUACAGAAUAAGGUACUGGCGCAUCACAAGCCUGACCGCGUCAUCAGCCUGGAAAGAACCCAUGAUAUAAAGCGCUUGAUGGCCGCAAACGACGAUAUAACUCCCACCGUCAUCAAGAACGAUAUGGACUCGUGUUUUCCGUUUCUUGUUAUAGAGGCGAAAUCGGAAAAGGGCACCGUUGGAUUCGACUCGAUUGAGCGACAGACAGCUUUUCCAAUUCGCGCCAUGCUGGAUAUUCAGAAACGCCUGGAAACUGCCGGUUCAGCAUAG